AUGGAGUCGCCACAUCCCGACGAGAGACCUGCAAAAAAGCCCCGAUUCUUCAUAGAGGACGACUCUUCACCUCUACAGGUCCGCUCAAACCCCACCGACCCUCCUCCUCCGUCGUCCCCGCCACUAUAUGGCACAGGAAGACCAGACGAAAGCAAUGGAAACGACGAGGAGACUGAUUUUGGUAGCUUCGAUGUCGCCAUGCUCCAGGCAGUUGUAGGAGAGCUUUCGACCACUGUACUACGGAAGCUGAAGGACGUGAGCGGUAGCAAUGUAGAACGAGCAAUAAACCUCUAUCUAGACGGUUCCUGGAGUAAAAUGUCACCACCAAUUCCUGCUCCCAUCUUCCAGCCCCGCCGGCAGCCCGUCCAGAUGACAAUAGCGAAUGCCAUGAAGCGCACCGAUUCCGAAAUGUCAAUCGCAUCCACACCAGGCUCGGGGACGUCUACACCAACAAUACUACGAGAGAUGCCUAGCAAACGAUAUAUUGGUUCCUUCGGUGUUGCAGCCUGGGCCACCAAAAGCGGAAGCAACUUGCUGAAACACGACGAGAAGAUUCGGAUCGAGCGUAUGAAGCCACAACCCAAAUUAAACAAGGCGAAGAAGGUUAUCCAACUCAAGAAGCCAGACAUCAUAGUCAGGUUUCUGAACGGGCGGGGCGAGGAAGUUGGCAGGUUGGACAAAGACUCCGCUACUUGGGUGUCGGUACUACUCGACCAGCAGGUCUGCUCUUUUGAAGGCUCGGUCGUGUACACGCCGGACAAACUACGGACUGGCGACACCAUUUAUCUGCAGCUGCGGGCUUAUUUCAUUCGUGCGGCAUUCGACAAGCGACAGUUUGCCAAACCGGACAACAACCGAGAGAUCAACCUGUUCGAGCAAAAGGAAUCGUCCGAUGAACGAGACCUUCGCCUGCGUCAAAUUGGUUUGGUCAAGCUUUUUGAAAACAUCAACCUCCAGCCAACACGCGAGAACGAGACGACAGCAAAGCAUAAGCGACAAGGCCUACUACAAGCGGCAGAGAGUGAGGAGAAGAAGAGCGAUAAACCAAAGCCGAAAAGUGGCACACCAGCAACGCCGAUGACGCCUGCCGAUCCUACAUCUUCACCACCUCCCGAUGAAGCCGAAGAAGGAGAAGAGCUGGAACAAGACCAGCUCGACUCGCUGUACAAGAAGGCGCAAUCAUUCGAUUUCAACACUCCGACCAUGGAGCCAGCCAGGACUUUCCGCAUGGAUUUGCGAAAGUACCAGAAGCAGGCACUAUACUGGAUGGUCAGCAAAGAGAAACAUCAAUCGAUAGAGGAUAAAGAGACCUCGAUGCAUCCAUUGUGGGAGGAGUAUCAAUGGCCAGUACAAGAUGCAGACAACCAGCCGGUAACGGUCAUUGAGGAUCAGACCAUGUUUUACGUCAAUCCCUACUCCGGCGAGCUUUCGCUAGAGUUCCCAAAACAGGAGCAGAAUUGCCUCGGUGGUAUACUCGCCGAUGAGAUGGGUCUCGGCAAGACUAUCGAAAUGCUCAGUUUGAUCCAUACACAUAGGACAGAAGUCGACGACGAUACAUUGGCGACACCGAAACGUCUGCCGCGGUUGCAAAAAGCGAGUGCUGAUGUCGAGCCUGCGCCAUACACUACGUUAGUCAUAGCGCCCAUGUCACUACUUGCGCAAUGGCAUAGCGAAGCUGAGAAGGCGUCCAAAGAUGGUACGCUGAAGGCUAUGGUCUACUACGGAUCGGAAAAGGCCGUGAAUCUUCAAAAGCUAUGCUGCGCAUCGAAUGCAGCUAACGCGCCCAACGUUGUCAUCACGAGUUACGGUACAGUACUGUCAGAGUACAAUCAGGUCAUUGCGCAGGAUGGAAAUCGAGGUUCACACGGUGGCAUUUUCUCGCUCGACUACUUCCGUAUCAUCCUUGAUGAAGCACACUACAUCAAGAACCGGCAGUCGAAAACAGCAAAAGCUUGCUACGAACUCAGCGCAAAACAUCGGUGGGCGCUUACUGGAACUCCCAUUGUCAACCGUCUCGAGGACCUUUUCAGCCUAGUCCGCUUCCUCAAGGUCGAGCCAUGGGCGAAUUUCUCCUUCUGGAAGUCGUUCAUUACGGUUCCUUUUGAAUCAGGCGACUUUGUGCGUGCUUUGAAUGUGGUACAAACUGUGCUAGAGCCAUUGGUACUUCGUCGAACCAAAGACAUGAAAACACCUGACGGCGAGGCCCUGGUACCACUGCCCCUACGGACAAUCGAGGUUGAGAAGAUUGUGUUAUCACAGGCUGAGCGUGACGUGUACGACCACAUCUAUCUACGAGCAAAGAGCUUCUUCAGUGCCAACGCAGAAGCCGGUACACUGAUGAAAUCCUACACGACAAUCUUUGCCCAGAUUCUGCGACUACGGCAAUCAUGCUGUCAUCCUGUUUUGACACGCAAAGCGAACAUUGUCGCUGAUGAAGAAGAUGCUACGCUAGCAUCAGAUCUCGCAAAUGGAUUAGCAGAUGACAUGGACCUCUCUUCUCUCAUCGAGCGCUUCACAGCCGAAGGCGAUCAGGAUGUCAAUAAGUUUGGCGCACACGUCCUGAAACAGAUCCAGGAUGAAGCUACAGCCGAAUGCCCGAUUUGCUCGGAAGAACCCAUGAUCGAACAAGCAGUUACUGGCUGCUGGCACUCAGCAUGCAAAGAAUGUCUACUAAACUACAUAGCUCACCAGCGCGACAAGAACGAAAUUCCCCGCUGCUUCAACUGCCGCGAACCCAUCAACGCACGCGACGUCUUCGAAGUAGUCCGCCACGACCAUGUGACUGAAGAUGACGAGAAAGAACAUCCCUUCGGCCUCCGCGCCUCCGUAUCACCGCCUCCCUCUACACAAACCCCCCGCAUAAGCCUACGCCGCAUCGGCCUCUCCGGCUCCGCAAAAACUCAAGCCCUCCUAGGGCACCUCAAGAAAACUCGCAAAGAAGAAAAAGGUGCCAAGACUGUCGUUUUCUCCCAAUUCACAUCCUUCCUCGAUCUCAUCGAACCGGCUCUAACACGAGACCACAUCCCCUUUCUCCGCUUUGACGGCUCCAUUUCGCAGAAAGAGCGUGCGCGUAUACUGGCUGAGUUUACCACGUCGCAUAAACCUUACGUUUUGCUACUAAGUUUGAGAGCGGGUGGUGUGGGGUUGAACUUGACGUGUGCGAAUAAAGUGUUUAUGAUGGAUCCGUGGUGGAGUUUUGCGGUUGAGGCGCAGGCUAUCGAUCGAGUACAUCGGAUGGGGCAAGAGAGGGAGGUCAAGGUUGUGAGAUUCUGCGUGGAGGGGAGUAUUGAGGAGAAGAUGCUUAGGAUUCAGGAGAGGAAGAAGUUUAUUGCGAGUUCGUUGGGUAUGAUGAGCGAUGAAGAAAAGAGAGUACAGAGGAUUGAAGAUAUUAAAGAGUUGUUGAGUUAG